UUAGGGACUGGAAUUUCAAACCUCUACUGCGCCCCCCGUCAGUUCUCUCCUCUUCACCUGCUUCAGAGAAGGCCUGCGAGAAGAAUGAGCGAAGCAGACGUAAAGAGCUGGAUCAAUGGCGACGAGAGCGCGAAGCGGAUGCUCGAUCGAGUCCUGACGUCGCGUCCGUCGUUCUCGCUCCCUCCUCCGCUCCACAGGAUCCCUCUCCGCGUCGCCAACGUCGUCGAAAUCGCUGGUCCCUCUCCUUCCGCCAAAACCCAAAUCCUCACUCAGACUGCAGUGAGCUGCGUUCUCCCGAAAGUGUGGAAUGGGGUGCACUACGGCGGACUUGGGCGUCCGGUGCUCUACAUCGACUUGGAUUGUCGAUUUGAUGUCUUGAGGCUAGUGGAAAUGCUCAGACACCGGAUCGUACAAGUUAAUGGGUGCUCAUCGACUGCCGGCAAUGAGGAAAUCCUUAAGCUGUCCAUGAGACAAUUCUCCUACAUUCGCUGUUACGAUAGUUUUGAGCUGCUUGCGACUCUAAAAACACUGCAUCACCGGCUUCAAAAAGAAAAGGAAUCCAAUGGUAUCGGUGGUCAUUUGCUCAUGAUUGACAGUAUUGGUGCAUUUCAUUGGGUAGACCGUGCUUCCACGACAUUGCCUCUUGGGGGGAAGAACAGGAAAUGCCUCUCUUUGCAGAAUGUAUUGGAGAUCGUAGUGGAAGAUCUGAGAAAGCUGUUGUUGAUCCAUCCCAUGCUUGUUAUUGUUACAAAAACUGCCAUUGUAGGGACAACUGGGAAUGAGGUCAAGAGGAAUUUCAAAAGAUGGCCAUCCUCAGGAACUCCUGACACAAGCAGUGAAUUAGAAAGGCUUCAGAAACCCUAUUUUCGUGAAUAUAUGCCAUCUAUCUGGCAGUCCUUUGUUACACAUAGGAUACUCGUGCAAGGUUCAGAUGAUCAUCUUGCCAUGCCAAAAUCUCAAGAAAAUGACCUAGCUUAUGUGUCAGAAUGGUUACUACCACGUCUGAAUAUUUUGGACAAAUUUGUGGUGAGAGAUGCUGGUGUUUUCCUUGUUUCAUGAAGUAUAACUUCUGGAUCUGUUUUGCAUGAUUGACAUCCGCACACAAGCAAGGUCAAGAAUGUUCUACGUUAUAUUCUAGUGCAUCAUGAAACAUGUGGGUCUGUUUUACAUGACUGACAUCUGCACACAAGCAAGGUCAACACUGUUCGACGAUAUAUUCUAGUGUUGUAUUGUCCUUCAGUUUCACUCUAUUUGGUUCUUGUCAAUAUCCACAUUGGCACUCUGGAUAAGCUUCUUGUCAUUGGCAUCGUGAUGUUGCCCAUGUUGAUGAGUAUAUGUCAAUCUUCUUACAUGUCGUGGCUCUUCUUUCUCUUUUAGGAUUCAAGUUGAAGCUCAUCUCACGGCCGCAUAUGUCUAUAGUCAAGUUAUGGAUCAUUUUCCUUUAAUUAGUAUUGAUUAUUCAGCAGA